CUUUCCUGCUUUGGUGUCUCUCCUGCAAGGGCUGCCUCGCUGCCCCCUCCUGGGAUCUGGUGAGUCUCCUCUCUCUCUGGGAUCUGGGUCCAGUUUGCUUUGAAGACAUCUCUGUUUGUUUCACUGAAGAGGAGUAGGCGUUGCUGGAUCCUGACCACAGAACUCUUCAUAAGGACGUCAUGGAGGAGAAUCGUGGGAUCGUGGCCUCUCUUGAUUGAGAUGAAUUGGAAAUCGAGAGCAAGGGUGACCACAACAAAAUCUCCAGAGAGGAGAAGCCACGAAAAAAUUUGGAGUGUUGAGACAGCUUCAGUCAGCUCCCAUUCCACUUCCCAACAAAGAAAUCUCAUUGGAAAGAAACCCUAUCAGUGCAUGGAAUGUGGAAAGAGCUUCAGUCAGAACUCCAAUCUCACCAAGCAUCAGAUAAUUCAUGCAGGGGAGAAACCCUAUCAGUGUGUGGAAUGUGGAAAGAGUUUCAGUAGGAUAGACACUCUCAAUUCCCAUCAAAGAAUUCAUACAGGGGAGAAACCCUAUCAGUGCGUGGAAUGUGGGAAGAACUUCACUGAUAGAUCCUCUCUCACUUCCCAUCAAAAAAUUCAUACACGGGAGAAACCAUAUCAGUGUGUGGAAUGUGGAAAGAGCUUCAGUAGGAGCUCCCAUCUCACUUCCCAUCAGAGAAUUCAUACUGGGGAGAAACCCUAUCAGUGUGUGGAAUGUGGAAAGAGCUUCAGUCAUAGGGCAUCUCUCACUUCCCAUCAGAGAAUUCAUACAGGAGAGAAACCCUAUCAGUGUGUGGAAUGUGGAAAGAGCUUCAGUCAGAGCUGUGAUCUCACUAAGCAUCACAGAAUUCAUACAGGGGAGAAACCAUAUCAGUGUGUGGAAUGUGGGAAGAACUUCACUAAUAGAUCCUCUCUCACUUCCCAUCAAAAAAUUCAUACAGGAGAGAAACCCUAUCAGUGCAUGGAAUGUGGAAAGAGCUUCAGUCAGAACUCCAGUCUCACUAAGCAUCAGAUAAUUCAUACAGGGGAUAAACCCUAUCAGUGUGUGGAAUGUGGAAAGAGCUUCAGUCACAGUCAAAGUCUGACUUGCCAUCACAGAAUUCAUACAGGGGAGAAACCAUAUCAGUGUGUGGAAUGUGGAAAGAGCUUCAGGAAGAGCUCCUUUCUCACUUCCCAUCAGAGAAUUCAUACAGGAGAGAAACCCUAUCAGUGUGUGGAAUGUGGAAAGAGCUUCAGUCAGAGCUGUGAUCUCACUAAGCAUCACAGAAUUCAUACAGGGGAGAAACCAUAUCAGUGUGUGGAAUGUGGGAAGAACUUCACUAAUAGAUCCUCUCUCACUUCCCAUCAAAAAAUUCAUACAGGAGAGAAACCCUAUCAGUGCAUGGAAUGUGGAAAGAGCUUCAGUCAGAACUCCAGUCUCACUAAGCAUCAGAUAAUUCAUACAGGGGAUAAACCCUAUCAGUGUGUGGAAUGUGGAAAGAGCUUCAGUCACAGUCAAAGUCUGACUUGCCAUCACAGAAUUCAUACAGGGGAGAAACCAUAUCAGUGUGUGGAAUGUGGAAAGAGCUUCAGUCAGAGCUGUGAUCUCACUAAGCAUCAAAAAAUUCAUACAGGAGAGAAACCCUAUCAGUGCAUGGAAUGUGGAAAGAGCUUCAGUCAGAACUCCAGUCUCACUAAGCAUCAGAUAAUUCAUACAGGGGAGAAACCCUAUCAGUGUGUGGAAUGUGGAAAGAGCUUCAGUCACAGCCAAAGUCUGACUUCCCAUCAACGAAUUCAUACAGGGGAGAAACCCUAUCAGUGUGUGGAAUGUGGAAAGAGCUUCAGUCAGAGCUGUGAUCUCACUAAGCAUCACAGAAUUCAUACAGGGGAGAAACCAUAUCAGUGUGUGGAAUGUGGGAAGAACUUCACUAAUAGAUCCUCUCUCACUUCCCAUCAAAAAAUUCAUACAGGGGAGAAACCCUAUCAGUGUGUGGAAUGUGGAAAAAGCUUCAAUAGUAACUCCAAUCUCACUUCCCAUCAGAGAAUUCAUACAGGGGAGAAACCCUAUCAGUGUGUGGAAUGUGGAAAGAGCUUUAGUCGGAGCUACUCUCUCACUUCCCAUCAAAGAAUCCAUACAAAGGUUGGAAAAACCAUUAUACAGCUUUAGGAGAAAGGCAAAUCAGCACCUUUUAAACCAGGCCUUUGGCUGAUUGACAUGUAAUGUCCUUUUCAAAUGUGGUGGGGGGUUACAGAGGUGUAUUUUUUUAUAUUAUGCUUUUAUGUUGUAACCGUCCUGUGACAUAUGGCAACAGGGAUUAGGAGCCUACCCUUAGAGGCCGAGGGGUCUUUGCCCCCCAAUAAUAUAUUUGAAGGGGCCA